GCAAGGACAUCGUACUUUUCAGACAGUGGCCGGUUGCCGGACGGAUCGAGAUCUGUCACGAUGAAGUCUUCAUUGCUUUUUACUGCAUUUUUGGCUCUUAUUUCUGGAGCUCACUCGACUGACUGGGUUCAGUACGAAAAUAGUUUGUACACGGCCGGCUCCGGAAAUGUCACCUGGUCGGACGCACGCGCUGCCUGUCGCAAGCUACACCCCCGGGCUGACCUGAUCACCAUACACAGCUACGGCGAGCUAGACUUCGUGGCCGGCAUGUUUGGUGAAGACAUCUGGAUUGGGUUCAAUGACAUUGAGACAGAGGAUCGCUACGUCUGGGCCAACGGAGCUACAGUAGACUUCACGGUGUGGGCGGAACGCGUCGACAACACAGCGAAAAACUGCGUGCAUAUGGACUCGGGAUACUCCGGCGCAUGGGUUGAGGACUAUUGCUCUAACUCUCUCACUUUUGCUUGCAAAAUAGAGCUUUAGGACACUGGCUCUGUAACAGAUGAAGCAGUGGCUGCGGUGUUACAUUCGGACGGCUUCAUUGGGGAGCGACCCGUUUUCCAAGGAUAUUUGUACCGUCCUUCAUGGAUUCCAUAUGCAAGUGGUGGUUCAAAUAGAUUCCUAGCAUUGUAAUUACUCA